UAUGAGGCUUUGCUCUGUUGCGCUACUUCUGUUCACAGUUGCCUACGUAAAAUCUGCAAUUGAUAUUAAUGUCCCAUCCACUCUUUACAUAAAGGAAGGUGAUACAGGAACUAUCGGCUUACCUGUGUCAGCAAAUUAUAGACGAGAAGUGCACAAUCCUAAAGGAACAAUGGAUGAGCAGUUAUACAGAGUUUGUAAUGGGAAAAAUAAGACAACUUGCGGAUUUUGGGAGGAUGUUAAAACAAAGAAAAAAGUCAAAUCCGGAGUCACCACAUACAAUAAAAAUAAGAAAGCUUUGGUUAUCAAGAAAAUGUUGGUCUCUGAUUUCGGAAACUACAUGACUGGUAAUAAGAAGAAGUCCAGAUACGUACAACAGCUAGUUUCACUUGGAAAAUAAUAAGAACGUUUAAUGAAGUUUGUUACAC